AUUCAAAUCUCAUUAAUUCAAAAAACAAUUGUUAAUAAAUCAUUAUAUAAUAGCCAACAAUACGUUAAACAAAUUUCAUAUAAUUAUUAUUACAAUAUUUGUCACACAAUUAUCCACCGAUUUUUCCUUUCUGUUAAAUCUUUUAUAAUUGAUCUCUUAAUAAUUAAUUUGAUUCAAAUCACUGAUUGAUCCAAAACAAUGGCUCAAAUAACUAAUGAAAACUUGAUGAUGACAACAAUCAAUGAUGAAAAUCAACAAUUGAUGGCCAAUAAAGCUAAUCAUAAGGCGACGGAAAGGCGAAUAUUGGGACCAAUACUUCCCAAUGUUUUGAGGCCUAACGUCGCUGCAAAAGGCAAACCAUUGGCUCUGCAGACAAAACAAUGGACUCAGAAUACCUCAAAUGGCAAUAUCCUCAAGACUUCUAACACUUCCAAUGUGGUGAAGCCAAGCAAUGCCACCGUUAAGAUUAAUCCUGUUUUGCCGCCACACAAGUCGUCAGACUUUGAGAUUUUCUGCGAUGAAUCGCAGGACUCGGAAAUGAAUGAUGAAUAUGAAGAAGAAGAAGAGGAGGAGGAAGAAAAUGACGAGAACAGAGAAGACAUGGAUUUGACUGAUCACAUGUUAUCAGAAAGGACUGAAAAUUCUUUGGCCAUUGAAGAAGCAGUUAUUCAAGCUUUCCAUUACAGUGAAGUCAAAUGCGAAGAGAGUUUAGAUUUGGAAUCAGAUGAAGAAGAACUGGAGGACGAAUCCACUUCAGAGCAAAACUCGGAACUCAUUACAAACACAUUUGACGCGACGGCUCUUUCGCGAUGCAAAGAAUACGCGGAAGAGAUCCAUAAGUAUUUGAUGUUUAUUGAGAGGAAAUGUAUGGCCGAUCCGUGUUAUAUCAGUAAACAACCAGAAAUUAAUGCCAAAAUGAGAAGCAUUUUAAUCGAUUGGAUGGUUGAAGUAACCGAAGAGUACAAACUUCACGACCAAACUUUAUUUUUUGCCGUUAAUUACAUCGAUAGGUUUUUGUCGCAUAUGUCCAUUUCAAGGCAAAGUUUUCAAUUAUUAGGAACGGCUGCACUAUUUAUUGCUUCGAAAUAUGAAGAGAUAUAUCCUCCAGAUUUGAGCGAAUUUGUGUACAUAACUGACGAUUCCUAUACCAAACACCAGAUCCUCAAUAUGGAGAAACUCAUACUUAAGGCUUUGGAUUUCGAGAUCUCGGCGCCCACUACUUACUAUUUUGUCGAAAAAYUGUUGACUCAGUUAGAUUUGAUCAGUAAUGUCAAGUAUUUGGCAAAAUACUUAUGUUUUCUAACUCUACUCGAAAGUGAACCAUUCCUCCGCUUCUAUCCGAGUGAGAUCGCCAUUUGCUGCAUAAUUCUAUCGGCGCACACAUUAGGCUUUCCUCAACUGAUAAACGCUAAGUUCAUUCAAGACUCGCUUAGCUAUGAAAACGACUUGAAAGGCGGAAGUGUGGUCUCCUUAUUGGCUGACCGUAAGAGAUGUAUCGAAGCGCUUCUCAAAAUGCAUGCUUUCGCUGCUAAACACCCGCAACAGGCCAUUCAAACCAAAUAUAGUAACGAUAAGUAUUAUCGCGUGGCUUCGGUAGAGCCAAUGGUUAUCGCGCCUAACGUUCAUUAGAUUUGUUUUUAAAUGACUCUUUGAUCGAUCGCCACAUUAAUUAUAUUCUUAAUUAUUUUCUCUUUUUAAAAAAUCUGCAUUUAAUCAAUC